UACAUGCUGCAGCAUUUGUUUUGGGGAUGUUCGUGUAACCUAGCAGUGGUAAAUGGGUAAAAGAGGUUAGAACAUGUUGGUAAUCAAGAAAGAUCGCAGAGCAGUGUGUGGAAGAAAACAAGUCCUAAAGUAUAACACUGACUAUACAUCUUAGGUCUGCAACUUUUUCAGUGCGUUUUGUAAGAACAACGUUGGACUUUUUUUUCCAUAGUGACUCAUGCGGUUUGUCAGCCUCAGAUUGUCCAGGAUAUUACACGGCAGCAGCAGAGAGGGGAGAGGAGAGAGGAGAGAGGGGCGGAGAGCCGAGGAGUCUCAGCAUGUACCUCAGACUAUACAGCUCACAAUGACAGAGUGCGUCCGACCGAGCAACAUGCCACACACUGGAUAUCUCUCAUGGAUUUUCCUCUCCUCAUUGGGAGUAAUUGCGGGCAGUGUGGGGACUCUACCUCAUGUGAAGAAGUACCAAACAGUGAUACCUCAGAGGCUGAAGGACUCUCUCAGUAACGAUGCUGCUACACACCAGACAUACCCUGAUGUAGUCCAGUACUCCUUGACGAUUGCAGGGCAAAACUACACACUGCAUCUUGAAAGGAACAAGGAUCGUAUCGGGAAAAACUUUGCAGUGACACACUAUUCUGAUCAGGGCACCGAGGUCACAAAUAUCCCAGAUCUCAGGGUUCACUGCUACUACCAUGGACACAUUGUGGGGGUGGAGGAAUCGUCUGCAAGCGUGGGACUGUGCUCUGGAAUAAAGGGGUUUGUGCUUCUCCGGGACCAGAUGUACCUUAUUGAACCUCUGGCCGGUGCCGAGGCAGGACAGCAGGGUGACACACGGAGCUCCAAGACUUACAGUGACGAGGGUCUUCACGCUAUUUACAACCACAAACACCUGAGGAGGAAGAGGAGCUCCUGUUCCCAUGGAAACACGACCACAUUCUAUGAUCAUGGAGCCCGUUCGUCUGGACUGUUCCAGCUCAGCAGUCUGAAAGGCAGAUCCCAGGCCAAAGACCGUCCACUUAAACCCAGGACAGUGGAGCUGGUUCUGGUGGCCGACCACGAGGAGUGUAAGAAGUUUGACAGUAAGAAGACAGUAGAGGCCAGAAUGCUUGAAAUAGCAAACCAUGUGGACAAGCUGUAUCGCCCUGUGGGUGUUCGAGUGAUGCUGGUCGGUCUGGAUAUGUGGUCGCACAGAGAUCAGAUAGAGGUCAGCACUAACCCUGAGAUCACUCUCGGUCGCUUCCUCGAGUGGCGUCAGCGGAACCUGCUGCCGAGGAUCGCGCACGACAACGCGCAGUUCAUCACAGGUGUGGAUUUUGAUGGUUCCACCGUCGGCUUGGCAAACACCAAUUCAAUGUGCACGUCUAAGUCUGGAGCUGUCAACGAGGACCAUAACACUAACCCAGUAGGAGUGGCUUCUACUAUUGCACACGAAAUGGGUCACAACCUGGGAUUGUCCCAUGACACAGAAAACUGUGUCUGUGGCUCCUCGGUAUCUAGAAAAUACUGCAUCAUGGCUGACAGUGUUGGACUCGUGUAUCCGAAUCGGUUCAGCAGCUGCAGUCAGCAGCAGCUCAGCAGGUUCUUGGAGGAGGUGAGCCCUCCCUGUCUGCUGGAUACUCCCUCCACCGAUCGCAUCCACGGGGGGCCAGUGUGUGGCAAUGCCUUCCUGGAGCCUGGAGAGGAGUGUGACUGCGGCACUGUAGAGGAAUGCAAAAAUCCCUGCUGCAAUGCCAGUACCUGCAAACUCAACGCAGAGGCCCAGUGUGCAGAGGGAGAGUGCUGCCACAACUGCCACCUGAAGCCGACAGGCAGCGUCUGCCGAUCAAAGACAGGGGACUGUGACCUGGAAGAGUACUGCACUGGCUUCUCUGCCUCCUGUCCGACUGACGCCUACACCCAAAACGGCCUGUCCUGCAACCGGGGAAAAGGAUACUGCUACAAUGGACAGUGUCCCUCACAGCAGGAACACUGCAAGAGACUCUGGGGUCCAGACGCUGACGUGGCCGCAGAUGCUUGUUUCCACCUUCAUGGAAGCUGCAAAAAGACUCUGUUUAGCCAAAGGUGUUCGAGCAGAGAUCAAUCCUGUGGGACACUUUUCUGCACCGGAGGCUGGGAGUUCCCUGUGACAUCCAGGAAAUCCUUUUACAAAGUAGGAAAUCGAGAAAUUUGCAACGAAGCAACUCUAAACCCUGAAGAUAACUACCCUGCAGAUCUGGGCAUGGUACCCACUGGCACCAAGUGUGGCAUCAACAUGGUGUGCUACAAUCAGCGGUGUCAAGACAUGGCAAACAUAAAAGUGUACGGGAUGAAUGACUGCUCUGCCAAAUGCAACAACCGCGGGGUUUGUAACCACGAGAGUAAGUGUCACUGCAACCCCGGCUGGGCCCCGCCCUUCUGCGAUGUGCAGCAGACAGAGAUGCCUAAAGAGGCGAAUAGGUUGGUGUUUUUUGUGUCGCUGGCGGUUGGCUCCCUUUUGCUGUUGGUCCUGGUCAUUGGGGGUUUGAUGUGCUGCAUCCGCAGGAGACGACCUGCGAAGAGAUGCCUCCAGUCUACCUCAGGACAAUCAAACCCUGUGUUUCGGUCAAGCAGCACUCGAGGCAGCCCCCGUCCUGGGAACACCUACAUCAGCCAGCCUACGUUUGUGGAGUCUUCGGCCACUCAGCCCUGUAAAACUCUGUUCUCGGCUCCUGCCAGACCACACGCUGGAGCACCGAGGCCCAGCAGAGCUGCUCCAGAGCCACCCAAGACAGUUCCAGCUGUACCUCAGCCAUCAAAAAUGCAUCAGGUUGUAAGGCCGCCCAUGCAGCCACCGUCUGCUUCAAGCAAGCCAGUCUAUAUUCAGGUAAAGCCACAACCUCCAUCCAGACCUCUACCGCCACUGGCAACCAAAUCGACCAUGAAGCCAAAGCCUCCGAUGCCUCCGGUGAAGCCGAAGCCCUCUGCAGUCCCGUCUCCGCUGCCGCACACUCAGCUGCUGGCGGGGAGAGCUGCCCUGAUGCCCCCCAGCAGGCCCAGAUGACAGAUAAUUCAUCACAACGUAAACACUGGGAUCCUCUGACAGAGCGCCACGUUUUUGUCCCAGCGAGGACCUAGGAGAUCCUCUCGGGAGACGCCCGUCUGUUUUAACAUGGAAACAAGAUCCACCGAAGGAUCAGCGAUGUUAAGUGACAGAGCUUUUUCUAUCAGUAAUGGUCUCCCCGGAGGAUUACCGCCGCCCGUCUGUGUCUUGCUUGUGUUGGCCUUCGGCUUGUUGAUGAAACAAUGAUGAUGGUGAUCGACGAGCUCAACCUCUGUGCUUUAUUAAGUGACGAAUGGCUGUGCUGCCAUGAUGAUUUUUAAAUUUGUUUUUAAGGGAAAUGUCACUCUGCCUUGAUCCUGCGUUAUGUGAACACUUUACGAGGCAACUGUUUCAAUCGAAUGUAACAAUUUUAUUGUUACUUGGCCCUCACAUGUUUUUUGGUACUGAUUUUGUAAGAAAUAAUGUCAAGAGAUUUAAAUGUGUUACAAACAUGGGCACUUUGUGUGUUUUUUUAAAUUAAGGAUGUACCGCAAGAGUUGACUUUUUCUUGAACUCUUUUUUAUACUAACCCACGGAUGCUCGACUAUGUUGGGAUUAAAUUAUUACUGUACAUGCAGCUGCUUUGCUGGGCGCGAUGACUUGAUACACAUUGAUUGUAAUUCUUCAAGGGAUUUUAUAUUGCAUAUUCCAUGUAGCGGACAUGAUUGCACUCCUCCACUCAUCAUGCCAAUGUCUGCGGUCUUUCCAAACACUGAGGAUCCUGCCUGGAUCUUUCCUGCAAACUUUGAACUGAAAACUUAUUCGAAUGUUUCUAUUUAUUGAGAUCUGAUGUGUUGUUGUUGUUGUUGUUGUUGUUGUUUUUGUUUUUGUCUUUGAACUUAAUAAUAAAGAUGAAUCACGACAGUCA